CAAAUGGCAUCUUAAAAUAAUUUCUUUGUGCUUCUCGAUACUAUUACAGUUUCGAGAUUUGUCCAAUCAUGAAGGGAACAAUUUUUUGUGUGGUCCUAAUUGCUUGCGUUCUAACAACUGCUGCUGAUAAAUAUAGUCACUUAGGUGAAGCCGUGAAAGAAUGUGGUGCUGAACAUGGCGGGCCAAACGAAAUCAAGGGACCGAUGGAUCUACAAAAACAUGGAGCGACAGCCUUCUGUAUAUUGAAUAAGGGUGAAAUAAUAACCGAAAACGGAGAUAUCAUUGAAAAUACUGUAAGAGAAAUAUAUCGAAAUAUUUAUGCCACUGAAACAGAAGUAGAUGCAGUAAUUCACAAAUGUGGAACUAAAAAUGGAAAAACUCGCGAAGAGGUUGCUUUUAAUUUGUUUGCUUGUUUCGAGCAUCUUCCUCCAGAAACAAAAAAAAAAACGUGAGAAAGUUGUAAAAGUUUUGUUAUAAAUAAAAUUAUAUUUUGAUUUUAA